AUGAGCAUGAGUUUUAGAUACACAAUUUUUUUACUCGAUUCAGAUGAUGUACGGUACCUUUUUUUGUUAAUUUUACUGAUAACCAGUAGGUCGGUUCAAUAUGCUGAGUAUGGCAUUAGCGUAUGGAAACAGUCUUUUUCAGUCGAAACCUUUGUUAAACCGACCCUCGAUGACUAUCUGCAAUUAUACUGUUUUAGGCAUGUUGUAAAGGAUCACACAUAUUCUAAACUUGCAAAUAAUCAGACGCAAUUACAGGGAAAACAGAUCAUUGUCCGUUCGAAGACGGACACCUUUAGAAAAUAUCUUGUGAGAUCUACGGCUCUACGAACGCGUUGAGAAGAUAAUUCUUUGUGUAUUGGAAAGGUGACGCUCAGCAGACAAGACAUAUGUUCAAUUUAAAAGUCCAAAGAUCUUCCAGGGAUAUUUUUGAACUUCUGUUGUCUAUAUUAUUGAAAAAGAAGACGGUUUUGCAAAGAAAGAGCUUUGGAUCGAUCACAGUUCAGGUUCCACUAGAGGUUCUCAGAAACAGCUCAAUUGAAGAUCCCUUCCCAACCUCUCGAGUUUCAAGAUCAAAUGAAAAUAGGGUCAUCAGAGCUCGGUGG